GAAGCACAAUUAUCAGAUUGAGUGUGAUUUGUAGACGCUCCCUCGGCGACAGUAUGGCGCGUCUGACUGCAUGUGAACAUCAGAACGCAGCACACAAUCUGAUCUGAUCUGAGAUCUGCAGCAGAGAUCAAACACACACGGGUCAGGAUGGAGCACACGCCCGAGACACACAGCAAAGAAGUGGACAUUUAUCGGGACACAUGGGUGAGAUUUCUAGGUUACACUAACGAGGUGGGCGAGGCAUUCCGCGCGCUGGUGCCGGUCAGCGCCGUGUGGGCCAGUUACGCCGUGGCCACCGCAUACGUGUCAGCUGACGCGCUGGACAAAGGCAGGAAAGCAGCGGCGGCUCACACUGAGGAUCAUGGGAAGGCGGCGCGAGUGGCCGUCGCUGUGGUCGAUACGUUCGUCUGGCAGGCUUUGGCUUCGGUGGCCAUUCCUGGAUUCACCAUCAACCGCGUCUGCGCCGCGUCGCUCUUCCUGCUGGGAAAAACCACACGCUGGCCACUUCCUGUGCGCAAGUGGACCACGACCGCCAUCGGCCUCUCCACCAUCCCCUUCAUCAUCACACCCAUCGACAGGUGAGUGUGUGUGUGAGUGUGUGUGUGUGUGUUCAUCAUC